UUCCUGUUUUGGCUUUGCCGGGACUACGCUACCCAGAAGCUCUCGCGAGAGCCAGCUCAUUCAGGAAGUGUUGCGGCGCCGGCUCCAGCGCUGUCGUGGCCUUUGUGGGGUGAUCGGAAGGGGAGUUCGUGGUGAGGCCUUGGCCCCUGGGAUCCGCGGGAGGAGAGGCCUUUCCCCUCUAGCCAUCCCUCCCUUUCCUUGGCGAGCCGUCAUGAGGAGGGCCGGGCUGGGUGAAGGAACCACUGGUGGCAAUUAUGGCUAUGCCAAUAGUGGUUACAGUGUGUAUGAAGAAGAAAAUGAAAAGUUAACAGAAAGUUUGCGCUCCAAAGUCACUGCCAUAAAAUCACUUUCCAUUGAAAUUGGAACAGAAGUGAAACAGCAAAAUAAAAUACUUUCUGAAAUGGACAAUGACUUUGAUUCAACAUCUGGGUUUCUUGGUGCAACUGUGGGAAGACUGAAAACUCUCUCCAGAGGAAGUCAGACAAAACUCUUAUGCUACAUGAUGCUCUUCUCCCUGUUUGUCUUUUUUGUCAUUUACUGGAUUAUUAAACUGAGGUGAUGCAGACAUUUCGCGUGAGAAUAUUAGUGCCAUUCUGGACUCCUUGAAGGUUUUUUUUUUUUUUUUUUUAAGAAACUACAAUAAGGAUGAAUGCAUCUGCCACUGUUUUGUGCAUUUCUUGUUUUUUUAUGAGGCCAGAAACAUUAUUCAGAACCCUUAUUUUUUAGGGUUCUUAAAUUGAAAUUGUCCCAAAUGCCAGCACUUUAUGGAAACAAAACAUACUUGGUGUUCAAGUACUAUUAUUAUUAAUAUUGUUAGGUUUUUCCUAUUCUAAAACAAUAUGUCUAGUUUGUAAUUACUAUUGCUUUUUCUACUAAUAAGUAGCAUUAUAUUUUGAUCAUGCUUUUUUUAAAGUUGUGAACCUAUCAAAGCAAAAUACUUUAAGACUCAUUAAAACUGAAAAAUUAA